AUGAAGUUCGAAGAUCGUCACCGCCGCACUACGGACCUCUUUUGGCUCUUGCUCUUCCUAUGUGCCGUGGCGGCACAGGUCUUCUUCGCUGGCGUAGCCUUGGUCCAUGGAAUUCAAGUGGAUGAGCUGCAGGGCGAGAGCUUUGACGAGGUGGUCCUCAAUGUGACGGCUCGAGGAUGGUUGGGCGACGCUACGGAGACGGUGGCCAACUGGGUGGAGAUGAGGCCGAAGGAUCUACGCCUCGAGUCCAAGGGCAUCAUGGCCGCACUGGUCUCAGCAGCUUUUUCCAGCGGCGGCUUCCUACUGCUCCUGGCCUAUUUCCCGGUGCACCUGGUCGUGAAUUUCAUCGCCGUCGGGGGUCCCGCCGCGUUGAUCGUGCUGGGCGGCUUGAGCAUCGCCAAUUCGCCCAUCACUGCACUGCUGGGGCUCGAGGCCCAUUUGGGUUGGCCCUUCAUGAUGCUGGGUGUCUUGGGGCUGAUUGGAACCAGCUUCGCCUGGCAAUAUCUGCGCCUGGGCAUUGCUGUGCUCCGCACCAGCGCUGCCUUCAUCCGGGCCAGGCCCUCCAUCGGCGCCUAUCCGCUGCUCUUUGGCGUCGUCCAUCUGUCAGGGCUUUGCCUUUGGGCGUUGGCGGUCUUUGGCAUUCGCAGCAGUUUCCAAGAUCAGAUCGAACAGAUGGAUUGGCACUCCCAGUUCGGGACGGCCACGGCCAUGUUGCUGUGCUUCUUGUGGGGCAACGCCUUCGUCACAGGCUUGUCCACCUUCGCGGUGUCCUAUGCUGCCUGCCACUGGUAUGGGCGAGGACCCGCCGAUGCUGAUCGCCCUGGGCUCUUGCCCACGGGCAUUCGGGUCGGCUUGAGGUACCAUGCAGGCUCCGUUGCACUGGGCUCUUUGCUGCUGGCCUUCGUACGGACGUUGAACGUGAUGCUGUGGUGGGCGGAGAAGGCGCAGGAGGAGGCCACGGCCGCGGCCAGCGGCGCCGUGGGCGCCGUGGGCCUGCCACGCGGCGCUGGGCCCCGGAGGCGCCCACCCAGCUUGCUGCGCUCCCUCCGGAACUUUGCGGCCGAGGUGCUGGAAGUGGUGGCGACUUGGGCCUCGAAGCAAGCCUUCGUGCAGAUCGCCAUCAGUGGGUGCCCCUUUGCUGCUGGCGCCAUGCGUGCUGGGCACUUGGCGGCCAAGGCGCCUGCAGGUUUCUUGAUGGUGGAGGCCUUGUCCAACGUCUUUCAGCGCGCCUGUGAGUUCUUGCUGAUUUGCAUGUCGCUCGUCGUCGCCAGCUGCUGUGGACUGGAGGGCGUGGCAGGCCUGGGCCCUGUGGCUUUGAGCGCGUACCUGGCCGCGGAGUCCCUGCUCCAUCCCUACAGUGUGGCCACGACCACGAUCUUGCACUGCUGCUUGUUGGACCAAGAUUCCAAGCAGGAGGGUGAGGUUCCCCUGGAGGCGAAAGAGCUCCAGAAGACCAUGGCAGAAUGGGGUGAUGAUGCUUCCUUCGUCCAGCACUACCGCUGA